AUGGAAACGGAGAAUUCGGGACCAGAUAAUCCGGCAAUGACCUUCGACGAGGUUUCCAUGGAACGCAGCAAGAGCUUCGUUAAGGCAUUGCAGGAGCUCAAGAACUUGAGGCCUCAACUUUACUCGGCUGCUGAUUACUGUGAAAAGUCUUAUCUACAUAGCGAACAAAAGCAAAUGGUAUUGGACAAUUUAAAGGACUACACUGUAAAGGCUCUGGUUAAUGCUGUUGAUCAUCUCGGAACUGUAGCUUCCAAGCUUACUGAUCUCUUUGAUCAACAAAACUCAGAUAUAUCGACUAUGGAGUUGAGAGCUUCUUGCGUCAACCAGCAACUGCUUACAUGCCGGACAUAUAUCGACAAGGAAGGUCUUAGACAGCAACAGCUAUUAGCAGUGAUCCCAAUGCAUCACAAGCACUACAUUCUACCCAAUUCUGUUAAUAAGCGAGUACACUUUAGUCCUCUCAGACGAACUGACACAAGGCAGAAUCAUUAUCAAGCUAUAUCCCGUCUUCAACCUUCAGAUGCCCCUGCAUCGAAAUCACUCUCAUGGCAUUUAGGCUCAGAGACCAAGUCGACCCUGAAAGGAACAACCAAUGUUGCACCAAGCUCCAAAGAUUCAAAAGCUUUCACAAAGACAUCUGGAGUGUUCCAUCUUUUAGGUGAUGAAGAAAACAUAAUAAACAAGAAGCCUCUAGCUGGUUCUCAGGUCCAAGGUGCCCCUGCAACAUCCACCAUCACAAGACAGACAUAUGGUGUUGCCCAUAAGGAUGUGGAGGUUCCGAAACUUAUGACGGCACACAAGUCACUUGACAACCCACGACGAGAGAUCAUUCAAGCUCCUGUACGGACCAAAAGUGUUUUAUCUGCCUUCUUCGUCAAACAGAAAACUCCAAAGCUCAAAGCUGGUUACGUCUCGUGA